AUGACGACCACACUUGCCCGUUCCUUCCAGAGCGCUCGCACUGAGUUCAAGGAGUUCUCUAUCCCUGAGCUCAAGAAGUUUGAGGACCUCUUCAAGAAGUACAACACCUCUGGUACGGGCUUUCUGGACUUGGCCGAGCUGAAGUACCUCAUGGAGCAGCUCCAGGCACCGCAGACCCAUCUCGCACUGAAGGACAAAAUGGGCGAGGCGGCCAUCAAAGGGCAGAGGUGGUGGGCGACACCGCUGGUGGCUGCGGCGGCCGUGGUGGGCAACAACCGAGCCUGGUUCGUCCAAUUCGCAGGCCUGCUGCUCCUUGCCGAAGCUGUGCUCAAUGCCCUCAUCAUCCGAUUCGUACCAUACACCGAGAUCGACUGGGUGGCCUACAUGGAGGAGGUGGGCGGCGUGCUCGACGGCGAGCGCGACUACUCCCAGCUCAAGGGCUGCACCGGCCCGCUCGUCUACCCCGGCGGGUUCGUGUGGAUCUACAGCGCGUUGCAUUACCUGGACGGGCGGCGGCACCGACAUCAGGCUCGCGCAACUCCCGUGUGGGCCGUGGUGCUGCUUUGCCUCUCGAAGCGAAUUCAUUCGAUCUUUGGCCUCCGUUUGUUCAAUGACUGCUGGGCGAUGUUCUUCAUGUACGCCGCGAUCCUGGCGCUCCUCAACCGUCGCCUAUCCCUCGCCACCCUCCUCUACUCGUUUGGUGUGUCGGUGAAAAUGAACCUGCUCCUGUUCCUGCCGGGCUUCGGGCUGAUCCUCGCCAUGGAGGAAGGAAUUCUGAGGAACAUUCCUCGCGCGCUUCUCUUCUUUGCCGUUCAGGCGGCGGGGUGGCAGGUGGGACUCGGCUGGCCGUUCCUCGCCCACGACUGGCGGGCGUACAUGAACGGCGCCUUCGAUCUCGGCCGCGUCUUCACCCACACCUGGACCAAAAAGAAGCGAAGAAAGUGA